AUGAGAGUAUUUACAAGGUUACGUCCCAUCUCCCCACAUCGUCGUUUUUUAUCGAAAAUUUCAGCAAAGGAGGAGGAUCCAUUGCUCUAUUUACAACCAGCCAAAUGGAAAACUCUACCUCCAAAACAAAUUCUUCAAUUAUAUAGGGAACGUGUAGCUCGUUUGGGACAUUCCUAUAAGCCAUGUCAGGAGGAGUUAGAUGCCCUUCUUACCACUUCUGAUUUGACGGAGACUCCGAGGAAAGAUAUUGAAAGAUUGUAUAAUGGUAAAGACAUCGCAUCUAGGGGUGGCAUGGGUGAUAAUCGUGGUGGUAUGAGUGCCCAUAGGUACGCGUUGAGGCCUUAUCAAUUCGAUGAAUUACCAUCUGCCGCCUUGGAUUUAGUGGCUCAACAUCGAGAGCAAAGGUUUUACAAUAGAUUGGCAGCGUAUGAAUUGCCAUUGUUGACUCAAUAUAGACAGGAAUACAAGAGACCGGAUCCAGCAUCGAAUCCAAUCAAAUUUAAAUACACUACUUACGUCGGUGAAGAACAUCCACAUGAGAGGAAAGUGACUAUGUGGGUUAAGACGGAGGAUUUGGGAUUGAACGAUAAAGAAUUACACAAAUUUAGACUACUGGCAAGGUCGCGAUAUGAUCACGUUAAGGAUGUAUUUAAGAUGUCAUCCGAUAGAUUUUCUGAAGCUUCUCAAAAUGCCAAGUAUUUGAACGAUGUAUUUUUAAGAUUACUUGAUGAGGCCAGAGAUUUAAAAGUUGACGAUUUUGCUGAUGUCCCAUUAGAUACAAGACAUACUAAGGCAAAAUAUCUAAGGAAAAAUAAGAGAGAUUAUAAGUUCCCUGACAGCUGGAAACGCCCUGAAGAUGCUCCAUUAAAAUCUGUUGACUUGAUUAAUGAAUUGAAAACAUCAAUUGAAAAUGAAUCCACAAUAUAA